GCGGCGGAUGUUUGGGUUUGAAUUGUCUGUCAGUUAGCGCGGGCGGCUUACCGGCGGGGCGGCCGCCGGAGUGCGUUGUUGGCGGGGCUGCCUUCGGGACAGCCAGAAGAACUCUCAUUAGGAUGAGUAAAAACAAUAACUUUGACAUUCAAAGUCCAUUCUGUGUUCUCUGUGGACGAACCGAUGACUGCCCUGAAAAGUAUGGAGAAAAAAGGACCUAUGUGGAAUACAAUCUGACUGUUCAUUAUUACUGUUUGUUGAUGUCAAGUGGCAUUUGGCAGAGAGGAGAAGAAGAUGAAGGUGUAGAUGGAUUCUUAAUUGCGGAUAUUAGAAAAGAAGUAAACAGAGCUGCAAAACUGAAAUGUAAUAUCUGUAAGAAAAAGGGUGCUUCAAUAGGAUGUGUGGAUCCCAAAUGCAAACGAAGUUACCAUUUUCCUUGUGGGAUACAAAAGGAAUGUAUUUUCCAGUUCAUGGAAGACUUCAGAUCUUACUGUUGGGAGCAUAAGCCAGUCCAAAAGUUUCCAGAUAAAGAAUGUAGAGGAACUUCACAGUGUACAAUAUGCCUGGAUUUGGUUGAACAGCUUCCAAUGUACACUGUAUUGAAAAGUCCUUGCUGUAAAAACGCUUGGUUUCAUCGAGAAUGCUUGCAGUAUCAAGCUUUGAGUGCUGGGAUAUUUUUCUUUAGGUGCACAGUAUGUAAUAACAAGGAUAAAUUUCAGAAAGAAAUGUUGAGAAUGGGCAUACACAUUCCAGAAAAGGAUGCAUCUUGGGAACUUGAAGAGAAUGCAUAUCAAGACCUACUGCAAUGUUAUCAACACUGUGACAUUAAAAGAUGUCUCUGCAAGAAAGGAAGAGAUUAUAAUGAACCUGAUAGUAAAUGGGAAAUAAAGCGUUGUCAGUGUUGUGGUUCCCGUGGAACUCAUCUGGCCUGUUCAUCUAUGAAGUCAUGGGAGCAAAACUGGGAGUGCGUGGAAUGCCAGAGUAUCUUUGCAAAAUCAGGGAACUACAGCAAACAGAAAAAGCGUUCUUUGGCUACACCUGAAAAGACAGAUGGGACAACUUGUUUGCUGGAAGAGCCAUCUCCAAAGUGUCCUCGGCAGUCACCUGGAUCUCAACGCAAUUUUCUUCUCCAAUCACCAAAGAUGAUGUGCCAGAACAGCUUGUCACCCUGCUCACACCUAGAACACCAGCUCACACCAGCAUCCAACAGAGUGACGAUGUCCUUAUCUCCACUGAUGUCAAACAGGAACUGGUCCCUGAGGAAAAAGCAAUUAAGAAAGCAACAAAGAGAAGUUUCUAAUAUACUGAAUGAGUUAAAGCUACAAGUUAAUACAAAAACUACAAGGCUUAACAUCAAUGCAGAAAAUAUUUGGAAUAGUGCUUUAAAAGGAUUUAGACAGCGCAAAUUCAGUCCUACAAACACCAUUGAAAUAAAGUUCACAAACUGCAAAAAUAGAUCAAAGACAGAUACUUCUGCUGCAUCAAAACACCAUUUCUUCCAAUUAUUAAUGCUUCACCUUCAGAAUUCAUCACUGUUUGAAGGCUCUUCUGCAAAGAACUUGUCCCUUGAUUUUCAAGCUGUAAGAGAGAAUCUUUAUUUUGAAGCUGGUAAAAUGAUUGCAGUUUCCCUGGUUCAUGGUGGUCCAUCUCCUGGUUUCUUUUCCAAAACACUGUUUGAUUGUCUUGUCUAUGGUCCAGAGAAUGUGAAGCCAGCUUUGGAAGAUGUUGCUGAUGUUGAUGUAGCACAAACAAUAAAAAUGAUAAAAUACGCAAAUAGUCUGUCCAGUCUACAGUCUACAAUACACGACUGUUACGAAUUCCUUGCUGCUGCUGGAUGUUUAAGACCUAUAACAGCUUUGUGUGAUAAGAAUAUGCUGGUGAAUGACAUAUUGACCCAUCAUGUAAUCAAGAGAAUUAUUUCACCCUUAGAAAGCUUUAGGCAAGGUUUGAAGACUCUUGGUGUGUUAGAGAAAAUGCAAAUGCAUCCAGAUGCAUUCUCUAGUAUCUUGUGCCACAAACCUGAAAGACUUUCAGCAGAAACUAUUUGCGAUCUCUUUACAAUCCACUCGUCAUCAGGUGUAAAUAAAGUUGAAGGUGCUGAUUUUUGGAUAGGUUAUUUGCAAGAUGUGGAAAGUGGUGAGUCUGUAGUGACAUUGGAGGAUAUUCUGCUCUUCGUAACAGGCUCUUUUUCUAUACCGCCUAUUGGUUUUGAUCCCGAACCAACUAUUAAAUUUCUGCAUAUAAGGUAUCCUGUUGCAAACAGGCUCCUUAAUUGCUUAGAGCUCCCUAUAACGAAGACAUAUGAGCAGUUUAAAAAUAAAAUGGAGUUCACCAUCAGAAACACACUAAGAGUCGAAAGAGAAUAAAUAUUUUUGCUACUAAAGUGGAUGUCAGAAACUUCAAUUUUCUACAGGAAUGUCUGCUUGCAAGUCGCUACUGUAUUUUUGGACACCAUGCUCCUGGCCUUUUCCCACUUCUCCCCCAAAGAUAUGCUAAAAGUAGUAAUCUUGUAAGAUGGAAAACAAUUUUCAAAUGAAAAUAUACUUCAUCUGUUGAAUCAUCGUCCUGUUUGAAGUUGGCUUUAAGAGUCAGCAGUCUCUUGCAGAAGUACUUUAAAUGUCUACUUGUGCUGUAGACAGGUAUGAAAUGUUACCAAACUCUGUAACAUUCUAGCUAUUUCCCACAGGUAAGUAUGUUGAUUGUAUUACACACGUCAGUAACUUAUUUAUCAAAGUCAAAUCAGGUACAUUUUGAAGAUAACUGCUGUAGAGCUUUGUCUCAAGUAAAACUGUGAUGCAGUUCUUCAGUUGUUCCAUGUAUGUUUUUUCAGUAAUUGUUUUCAUAUUGAUGAUUCCAUUUAUGUUUUGAUGAUUCAUACAAACCUAUGAAAGUUAAGAAACUUGGAGUUUUAAGGUCAUUGUGGUUAGUGCAUUAAAAUAUAAUUAAGGUCUGGAGAAAACCUAGGCAAUAGAAUAAGGCACAAGAACAAAAUCUGGUCAAACUUGAGUUUCUGUUAAAAUCUUUGACAUUUGCACACGUUUCUGCGUUCUACUGUUAUACAUUAGUUUUUAGUUAUACAUACAGCCAAAAUAGUAAAAACUAGAAGUAAAUCUUGAAUAUGCAACAAUAAGUGGUCUUUCAAAAUGAAAUAUAAGGGUUAGACUUAAUGUUGUUGAGUAUGGAAGUAUAAGAAUCUGUUGCUCGUUAGAACACGUUCCUUUGUUUCCCAUGGAAGUCAGUAUUUUCCUAGGAAUAUGCACUAAAACUGUUUGUUAAACUAAAGGCAGUUUACCAUCAAGCUUGUUAGUGUCUGGCGCUUCUCUAGCUUUUAGUCCAAGCUCUUCCUGUUCAGUUGUAGGUGCAUUCUGAGCAACAUCAACUGUAUGAAAUAUAUUUCAAUUCUGCAGUAUUUGUACAAAUAUCAUGAAGCCAUAAAAGAUAAGUAGUGAUAUUCCUACAUGGUAACACUUUAAUAUUACUGAUACUAAAACUAUGAAACUAAAAGAACAUUUAAGUACAUUUUUUUAUAAAUGUAUGCAGGUCUCUCUUGAAAUUACGAUUUCACCCCUAAUCAGUUUAACCACCUAUACCAUGUCCCAAACAUAGGUUGUGCUAUACAUGUAUGUAGAUAGAUAUCUGUAUAUAUCUAUCCACAUUCUUCAAAAUACUGCAAAGUAAUCAGACACUUUUUUUGUUAACAUAGCUUGUUUUUAAUUGAAAAUACAAGCAGGAUUCCUUUUGAAUGCCUUGGCAAGAAAGAAAGUACAUCCACAGUAAAUUUUAAAUGGAUAGGUGCUUCUAAAAAAAUAAUAAUCCAAACUAAUGUGGUUUCAGGUUCUGGUUUAUGGUUCAUUGCACAUACAAUUAACAAAUUGUAUUACUAAAUACUAAUUACACAGCAGUGUAUUGCAAUUCAAGAACUGUGGAAGUGGCAGUCAAGACUCAAUAAAUUUGAGACCAUGCUAUAAAGGGUUGGACAAAGAGGGAUGGGUAUUUAAGUUAUACAGUCCAUUUAACAAUAGGCAGGUAUUUUGAAACCUUUCUUAAACUACUACAGCUUCUCUUUCUUUCUUGAUCUUGGGAGGGGUGUUAAUUUUUUUUAUACAGACUUAUUUCUAUCACUGGGUAACAAGUGUGCAUGCCACUUUUUUUUUUUUAUUUCAAAGUCUAAGUAAAUUAUUGCAAAGCUAAAUCAGGCAUUUCUCACUACUUUCAAAUAGCUAAAACAAUCUAAUCUCAUCAAAGCAGUGGUUUUCUGGUUCUGAGCCAAAAGCAUAUUAAAGUCACCUUCAAAAUAAAUGUGUGAGCUCUUGGAGAAUGUCAUUUGGCUUGUUUAUAUGCCAAGCAUUUUCUCAUUCUCUUCUGGGUUUUUUUUUUUUUUCCUCCAAUAAUAUUCCAUGUUUGUUUUCUUUGCAGAAUUUUUGAAUGUCAUACGGCCAAUAACUUUAUAUUCUUACCCUUCAGAAUGGUCUGUUACCAUUAUAAGGAAGGUGGUUUGUUGCAAAUUAAUUUGCAUAAUAUGGAUUCAUGUUAUAAGUUCAUAUUUUUAAAAUAUAGCAAUGAGUCUCCUGCAGAUAGAGUAUUAUACUUUGAAAAUGAGUGGUGUACUCAGUGCAGUAUUCCUUCUUCUUGCAUAGAGAGAAAUGUCGUCUGUAAUAUUUUAUUUUUCUGUAUGGGAAGUACAGAACUUAUAGAAGUAGCAAGCAGAGUGUGGAUAAUUUUAAGGGACAAUUCUUGGGCUUCUGGUAUCUGCAGUGGCAAGGGAAAUGGUUUAGAACUUGGAACUAAAUAAACUGCAUCUUAAAACCUUCAAUGGAGAAAGAAGUAAUAAGGUAAUAUGAAUAUAAGGCUUCAGAAAGUAUUUGAGAUAAAAAUAGGGUUCACACCUUUUAUUGCUUAUUAGUUUUGAAUCCAGCAGUUGAUAGGUUUUAUAUUAAGGUAGAACUAACUUAUUUAGCUGUAAGAGAAAUCUCAUGUUAACUUUAAAACUCUCUGCUAUACAAUGCUAUAUCAAAACAUGGAAUUUGUAAAAUCUUCUAGUUUCUAAUAUUGCUCGAAAAGGUUUUUCUUACACAGAACUUGUUCCCAUUUUCUAAUACUGAUGCGUACACAUUCAGGACAAGUUGUCUUUCCUUUGUCAGUUUGAUCAGCUCUAUCUAGACAUUCUAAUCCUUGAUAUAUUCAAGUUGUAUUCCUAAAUGCUACUAUGGAGAGGAACUUCCUUUCUUCUGCUUAUUUUCAGCAUUAGACCAAUCUUAAAUUUACUCUAAGUGUUCAUUAAAAUUCCAUUGAAUAAGCUGACUUCCAAUCCAUCAAAACACAGAAAGGUCUCUUUUGUCUGGAAACCCGAAGAGCAAUUUCUGUAGCUGUAAUGACCAUCAGGUUUUUAAAUGCUAUAGCGGGUCACUGAAGUGCAAUAUUAUUGGGAAGUUUUCAUUUUAAAUAAACUUUAACCUGAGGCACAUCUGGAAAUUAGGGAAGUUGCUUACUUUCAGUAUUUCUGUAACACAAGGAGAAUAAUUGCAUAUACAGUAGCUGUUGUGUAUUAAAUUUAUUUUUAUAGAAGUUACAUCUUUUGUAAGAUUUGUCAGGGCCACAAGAGAACUAUUGCAGUCCUCUUUGACUGUGUUUGGCCAAAGACCUUCACCCUGCAGUUUCUACAUCAAACCCUAAACUUCCAUUGGAAUUAGCAGAUCAAAUAAGCUAUUUAUUUUCUAGAGUGAUAAUUUUCUAGUAAACAAUAAUAGAUUAGUAUUAGUGGUUUUAGUAUGGUCUCCUUAAUAAAGCACAUAUAAUUUAAAAAAAAAAAAACAAACAACCAAAAAAACCCCUCAAGUAUUUUACAUCUAUGUUUGAAAAAACAAGAGAUAAGAAAUUUCUGUGACUUGCUUUCACCCAGGAGAAGGAUGGUUACUAGAAAAAGCUGUUAGCAUUUUUUAUUGGUUUAUGAGAAGAAAUUGGUAUCAGUUUAUACUUAAGGUCUAAAUCAUCAUGUGCUGCAGCUUUGACUUUUUUCAUUAAGAUGUUCAGUCUUGAGCUUGGAAGACUUGAGGACUUUGAGGUUUUUUUUAUAUUUAAAAUGUAGAGCAGAGUUUUAGUCACUAAUUCACACUCACAUUCUGCAUAUGCAUUUUGAAAAUAGUAUCAAAAAAUUCUUAUUCAAAUAGAAGGAAAUGCAACUCUGGAGGCUACAAAAUAUGCUUUUAAGGUUUAUCUUGAUUCUGUAUUAUAUGGUAAAGCAUUUUAAAGCUCAAGCUUUACUGUUUGGGGUUUUUUUUACUUCAGGACAGGAAUUGCUAGUUGGAUAAAAUAAAAAUUAAAAUGCAAAAGCUUUUGAAAUAUCAAAUCAUAUGUAUACCGAAAAUCAUCAUCAAAAUGUUAAUGUUUGUAAAAAAAACCCAAUGCAACUGUCUGAUUUUGUAUCACAUAAACAAUGAUGUUCUUAAAUGUAUGGUAAUUAGAAUAAUAUGCAAGAAAAUAUAAUUUUGUAAAUACUUUUAGCUCUAACUUGAACUGCAGGAUCAGUGUCUGAAAUGGUGCAUCUUCAAGCAACAUUGUACUUGACAGGUGUAGCAUCAGUGUUGAAAUAAUCAAUAAUUGUGGGAAAUAACUGUCAUGUAUAUGUUUAAAGUGCAAUAAAGGGUUAAAUUUCUGUUGGAA